AUGCCGAAAGUGAAGAGAUCCAGAGGAGGUGGAGGAGGAGGAGGAGGAGGAGGUGGAGGAGCAGCAGCAGCCGUGACGCUGGCUGACCAGAUCCUACAGGCCGACACGGUGCGAGCCCGGGGCCGAGUGAAGCUCAGGGACAGCCGGGAAGAGAACGAGGACAAGUACGUGGACGAGCGACUGUCGAGGAAGAUCUUACAGCAGGCCCGGAUCCAGCAAGAGGAGCUGCAGACCGAGUAUGGUGUGGCACCGGAGAAGAAGAAGACACCGGUCACUGUCCUCGGGUCUGGCUCUCAGGAUGCAGAUUCAGAUGAGGAGUGGCCAGCACUGGGACAAGCAGGUGCUGGAGACAGCGAUGCUGAGUGUGACACAGAGAUCGUGGUUGACCCUGACGACGAGAAGGCCAUGGAGAUGUUCAUGAAUAAGAACCCGCCAGUGAGACGGACCUUGGCUGAUAUCAUCAUGGAGAAGAUCACAGAGAAGCAGACCGAGGUAGGAACUCUGAUGUCAGAGGUGUCGGGAUGUCCGAUGCCCCAGUUGGACCCGAGGAUAGUAGAAGUGUACAGAGGUGUCAAUAAGGUUCUGUCAAGAUAUCGCAGCGGUAAAUUACCAAAGGCCUUUAAAAUAAUCCCUGCACUUGCAAACUGGGAGCAGGUUCUAUAUUUGACUGAGCCUGAAACCUGGACAGCUGCUGCCAUGUAUCAGGCAACAAGAAUCUUCUCCUCCAAUCUGAAAGAACGAAUGGCCCAGAGAUUUUACAACUUGGUGUUGCUGCCCAGAGUACGAGAUGAUAUUGCAGAGUACAAGCGACUCAACUUCCAUCUGUACAGUGCCCUGAAAAAAGCCUUGUUCAAACCAGGAGCCUGGUUUAAAGGUAUUCUGAUUCCUUUGUGUGAAUCUGGGACAUGUACUCUCAGGGAAGCCAUCAUCAUCGGCAGCAUACUCACAAAGUGCUCAAUCCCUGUGCUCCACUCUAGCGCUGCGAUGCUUAAGUUGGCAGAGAUGGAGUAUAACGGCGCCAACAGCAUUUUCCUGCGUCUCUUGCUUGACAAAAAAUACGCCCUGCCUUUCCGUGUCCUAGACGCCUUGGUGGCCCACUUCCUGUCCUUCCGCAAUGAAAAACGUGUGCUUCCUGUUCUGUGGCAUCAGAGUUUACUCACCCUGGCUCAGCGCUACAAGGCUGACCUGGCCUAUGAACAGAAGACAGCACUGCUGGAGCUGCUUAAGAUACAAACACACCCUCAGGUCACCGCAGAGAUUCGCAGAGAACUGCAAAACUCAGAGUCACGGGAUAUCGAGAUCGGGCUUCCUGUUACAGUGGAAAUGGAUUGAGGAUUCAGCCCAGUCUGGUGCAUCCUCCUCCUCCUCUAAUGCAAAUGAAUAAUGUUUUCUUCAGCAUGGAGACAGAUUUAUUAAAGCUGACUUCAUUGAUCUUCCUGUUCUGUGAAAGGACAGUUUCAAAGAUGUGACUCAUUACAUUGUAUCAGAGCUAUAAUUCUGUUCUUCUGCUCAGAUGAGAUCACACAGUUAAAAAUGCCCAUCAGCAAUGACAUAUUUUCAUAUCGUGAAUCUGUUGCAGUGAAGUCAUUGCCUGGAAAUACAAAGACUGGUAUUUGUGUUCAUUUAAUGAAGUUGUGUUGCAAAUAUUUGGAUUAAAAACCAAACUGAAUCCUUCA